CUUUCUAGAAUAAUUUCCCAGCGUUCAUUGCGUGCCCAAUAUGGAGGAACUGACGGUGGAGGUUCGUGGCUCCAACGGAGCUUAUUACAAGGCAUUUGUCAAAGAUGUUCACGAAGAUUCACUCACCGUUGCCUUUGAAAACAACUGGCAACCGGAGCGUAAGGUUCCUUUCAGUGAUGUGCGUAUGCCGCCUCCUCCAGAUGUUAAAAAGGAAAUCGGUGAAGGUGAGGACGUUGAGAUUUACUCAAGAGCAAAUGAGCAGGAGCCUUGUGGUUGGUGGCUUGCAAAAGUGAGAAUGAUGAAGGGUGAUUUUUAUGUAAUCGAAUAUGCUGCAUGUGAUGCCACAUAUAAUGAGAUAGUCACCUUUGAGCGUCUUCGUCCAGCGAACCUUAACAAGGCUGUGGCAAAAAAUACUUUCUUCAAGUGUACAGUUCCAGUACCAGAUGAUUUAAAAGCUGCGUGUGAAAAUGAACUUGCACAUAAAGAUUUCAAAAAAGCAAUAGGAGCCUGUCGCAUCUUCUACCAUGCAGACACAAGCCAAUUAAUAAUACUGUCAAUGAAUGAAGCCACAGUCAAGAGAGUUACAAUACUAAGUGACAUGCAUUUGCGCAGUAUUCGCACAAAGUUACUGCUCAUGUCAAGAAAUGAAGAAGCAACAAAACACCUAGAGAGCACAAAGCAGUUGGCUUCUGCAUUCCAUGAGGUAUUUACUGUGAGAGAGGAUCUGAUGGGUUUGGCAAUUGGAACACAUGGUAGUAAUAUUCAGCAAGCACGGAAAGUACCUGGAGUUACAGCAAUUGAACUAGAUGAAAGUACCGGCACAUUCAGAAUUUAUGCAGAGACUGCUGAAGCAGGACAGAAAGCAAGGAGCUACCUUGAGUUUAUUGAAGACUCCGUUCAGAUUCCCAGAAAUUUGGUUGGUAAGGUCAUUGGUAAAAAUGGAAAAGUCAUUCAAGAGAUUGUGGACAAAUCUGGAGUUGUGCGAGUAAGGAUUGAAGGUGAUAAGGACAGUAAACUUCCUCGAGUAGAGGGAAUGGUUCCUUUUACAUUUGUUGGCACAAAGGAGAACAUCGGAAAUGUUCAAGUUCUUCUGGAAUACCACAUUGCUUACCUAAAUGAAGUGGAACAGCUAAGACUGGAGAGGCUUCAGAUUGAUGACCAGCUGAGGGAAAUAGGAGUGGGGUUCAGGCCUUCCUCCAACCGCACUGCUGAUAAAGAUAAAGGCUACACAACAGAUGAGAGCACGUCUGCUCCCUCCCUGCAUGGCAGCAGGUCUUACAGUGGCAGAGGUCGUGGUCGCAGAGGGCCUAUUUACACCUCUGGUUAUGGUACGAACUCUGAACAGUCAACUGCAUCCGAAACUGAUUCGGAGAGAAAGGACGAGCUGAGUGACUGGUCGUUGGCAGGGGAAGAUCACGACCGGGAACCUGGGCACCAGCGGGACAGCAGGAGGCGGCCUGCCUCUGGGAGAGGACGUGGGGGUCCUGGAGGCAGGGCCCGUGGAUGGAGCAGAGGGAGUGGCAGCUCCAUCAGCUCUGGUACAAACCCUUCUUUCCUGCUUCAGGAUCCGGACAGCAAUCCUUACAGUUUGCUAGAUAAUACUGAAACAGACCAGACAGCUGACACUGAUGCCAGUGAUUCUCACCACAACCUCAACCGGCGCAGACGGUCACGUAAGCGUAGGACUGAUGAAGAUGCUACCCUCAUUGAUGGAUUGACUGAGUCUGAUAAUGCUUCAGUUAAUGGAAAUGGUGUAGAUGAUUUGGAGGGUAAAUCCCAGAGGCGUAACCGUAGCCGUAGACGCCGUUUUUGCAGUCAGGCAGAAGACAGGCAGCCAGUUACAGUAGCAGAUUACAUAUCCCGUGCCGAAUCACAGAGCAGACAGAGAACCCCAGCAAGGGACACUCUGACAAAAAUGGGUCAGGUUGAUUUCAUUAAAGAACAAAACACUGCAGCUGUGGCCAUGAAUGGUCCCAGCCACGCUUCUGGUGACAAACUGAGAAAGCCACAACACACUCCCAAGGAAGGAACCCAGAAAGUGAAUUAUCAAGGAGAUGGAAAUCAACCUGUCCUUAAUGGCAUCUCUUAAACACUUGCUCCCAAUUUACAGGACCUUUUACAUUUUACAAUAGUGCGUGUACAAGAUUGCCAAAGAAAUAUGGACUGUCAGAUUUUUUUAUCGCACUUUUCAGUUCCUCCGUUAUGGAACACAAAAAGUGGAUGAAGUUUAUAUAAAAUAAAAAAAAUAAAUAAAUACACGUUGCACCAAGUAUGUUCUAAGUACAUUAUCGGAUGUUGUGCCUUCAGAGAGUAGUUCAACAUAAAAUAACUUUGCUGGCUGUAGGAAACCAUAACUUUGUUGGAUAAGUUGUUGAUGGGAAGAUCCCGGACAUCUUAAUCUUUCUUAUGAAAAGCAUUAGCUGCUUUUGUUAAGUUGUAAUAUGCAACCACUUAGUAAAUGCAGUAAAAAAAAAAAUAAAUAAAAAAUUGCACUGAAUUGUAUUUUUUCUCCAUUUAGAAUGUUAGUCUUGAAACUGGUCUUUUAUUGAAACUAUUAAUUUUUUUAUUUAUUUUUUUUAAAUGCUGUAUGUGACAGAAAAAAAUGCAAAAAACUGGAAGAUGUGUCUAUAGGAACACUGGAGCGAUAAUGACAAGUUUGUUUUGAUUAAUUUAUUUUAAAACUGUACAGUAUUUAAAAAAGAAAGCGUAGCUUUUGUUCAGACACUAAGCUGGCUAAAUGUGUUAAAGCAGACAAUCUGAAAGAUCAAUUUCCAGAAGGUUUCUUUAUGGAAAACAAUGUUUAUUCUAGUCCAAAUGAGUUUAGUUUCACACUUUUUUUCAUUUUGGUUGUUUGAUGUGCAAUAUGUUUUGUAUGCAGGUAGUUCUGAAAUAAACUGAUCUUCCAUCUUUUGAUUUGAA